AUGCGGUCGAUGAAAGGAACGACGACAGGGAGCGAUCUGUUCACGGAGGUAAACGAGUGCAUGGACCCGCUGGGACUGAAAUGGGACAGGCUGACAGGCGUCACAACGGACGGUUGUCCAAAUCUUACCGGAAAAAAUGUUGGACUUUUGAAACGUAUGCAAGAUAAAGUGACUGAAAUCGACGUGGAUCAGAAACUGGUAUUUUUGCAUUGUAUUAUACACCAACAUGUGUUAUGCAAAUCAGUGCUAAAAAUUGACCAUGUUAUUGAUGUUGUUACUAAAAUAGUAAACUUCAUCAGGGCAAGAGCAUUGAACCACAGACAGUUUGUCGCACUUUUGGAGGAGCAUGAGACCGAGCAUCGUGACAUCGGCUACCACACAGCUAUCAGAUGGCUCAGCCUGGGCAAAGUGCUAAAAAGAGUCUGGGACCUGAAAGCAGAGAUUCGGGAGUUUUGUGAGAAGAAAGGUAAAGACUUCCCAGAGCUCUCAGAUGAGGACUGGAUGGCAGAUUUUGCAUUUUCUGUUGAUGUGACUGCACUGAUGAAUGAACUGAACACCAAACUGCAAGGCAAGGGCCUUUUUGUUCAUGAAAUGCACAGCCUGGUGAAGGCUUUCAUGACGAAGAUACAGUUUCUUUCAAGCCAACUGGAGAGCAACACUCUCACUCACAUGCAAACCCUGAAAGAAGUCACACCACCAGCUGAUCACUUCCGCAGGUACUCAUCCAUGUUGGGAGCAUUGCAUGGUGAGUUUUCAAGGCGAUUUGAAGAUCUCAGAAAAAUCGAAGAUGAAAUGCACCUGAUUUCCUCUCCCUUUACCUGCAGUGUGGAUAAUGCAGCCAGUGAUGUUCAGCUGGAACUCAUCGACCUGCAGUCUGAUGCAGUACUGGCAGAGCACUUUAAUUCAGGAUCUCUGCUAGAUUUCUACUCUUCUCUCAAGGAGAACUUUCUAAACAUGAGGAGACAUGCUCAGAAGAUGUUGGUUCUCUUUGGCUCUACCUACAUAUGUGAACAAACAUUUUCAAUGAUGAAGUUCACGAAAUCCAGGUAUAGAUCCUCUCUCACUGAUGAUCAUCUGUCAGCUGUGCUUCGCAUCUCCACCUCAGACAUUCAACCUGACUUCGAUGCACUUGUUAAAGCCCAGCAGAGACUAGAUUUCUCUCACUGA